CUCUUUUCUAUUUAUUUUUCUGAUUAUUAAAAAGCAGAAAAAAAUAUGAAAUACAAAAGCAAGAGUAAUGUUUGCCAGAGUAGUUUUUUUUAAUAUAAUACAGUACGCUUGUAAUAUCAUUCCCGAGAAAAAAGAGACCGAGAGAGAUAUAAAGACACAAAGAGAGAAACAGAAAGAGACAGAGAAAGAGUCGAUCUACAUAGACGUCCCCAAAGAGAGAGCAACUAAGUUUUUUCUUUCACGUCGCAAUUGACUAUCAAAUGGCCGAUAAUGCAGGAUCAUCCAGUGAAGAAGAUUUAUUAAAACCAUCGCAAAAGAUUAAGGAAAGAUGGGAGAUCGUACAAAAAAUUGGAGGAGGAGGUUUCGGUGAGAUAUAUGAAUCUAUUGAUCUAAAUACCAAAGAAAUUGUUGCUUUAAAAUUGGAAUCUGCCAAACAAACUAAGCAAGUCCUUAAAAUGGAAGUUGCAGUAUUAAAAAAAUUACAAGGGAAAAAGCAUAUAUGUAAAUUUGUUGGUUGCGGAAGAAAUGAAAAAUUUAAUUAUCUUGUUAUGAGUCUACAAGGAAAGAAUUUAGCAGAGUUACGAAGAUCUACUAUAAAAGGACAAUUUUCUAUAUCAACUACUGUUAGAGUAGCUUAUCAGAUUAUUCAAGCUAUUGAGGCAAUUCAUUCAGCUGGCUUUCUUCACAGGGAUAUAAAACCAUCUAAUUUUGCAAUGGGAAAAACUCCUGAAACUAAAAGGAUAGUUUAUAUGUUGGAUUUUGGUUUAGCAAGACAAUUUACAAAUAAUAAAGGAGAUAUUCGGGCGCCUAGAACAGCUGCUGGCUUUCGAGGCACUGUAAGAUACGCUUCAAUUAACGCUCAUCAGUCUAGAGAAAUGGGUCGCCAAGACGACCUCUGGAGCUGGUUUUACAUGGUAGUGGAGUUUGUGAUGGGUGGCUUACCUUGGAGGAAGUUGAAAGAUAAGGAUCAAGUGGGACAUAUGAAAGAAAAAUAUGAUCAUAAAACAUUCCUUAAGUACUUACCGUCCGAGUUCGUUGACAUUUUAAAGCACAUUGAACAAUUAAAAUAUCACGACAAGCCGGAUUAUGAUCACAUCAGUGAAAAACUACAAAGUAUUCUCUUACGAAAGUCUAUUAGUUUUCAAGAAAGCUACGAUUGGGAGAAUACAUCGGGUACUCUCCUGCUUCAAGUCAAUAAUAAAAAGGACCCAAUUUUUGAACGGGGCCAACAUUUUGGUGGCUUAGAAAAUCUGAGGAUGACGCCAAAAACUUCCGUCCAAUCCCUCUUUAAACAGGACAAUUACAAUGUUACCAAGCCAGGUCAAGCUCUAACUGGAAAUUUGAAACAAACUCCAAGAAUUGGAAGCCGUUUAAAAAUGCAGAUUAAUGAUGACAAAAAAUCGUCUCAUAUAGAAGUUGGUUACGAAUUGAUAAAAACUGACGAUAAAGAUAGUGAUGAAAUAAUUAUUACUCCAGUGAUAAGACGUAGUUUUCCAGUUCGAUCCCCAGCAAAUGAUAAUCCAACAACUACUGUAAACAAGAAUUCAGAUGUAAAAGCUCUAAAAAAUGCAUUAUUUAAUAAUAUUUUGUCACAACAAUUGAUAAGGUCAACAACGUCAGAUCAUCGACAUAAUUUAAUUCCUGCAAAACCGCAAUAUAGUUCAAAUACCCAACUCUCAUCUGCAGCCUCGUUCAAUAAUCACGAUAGCCUUCCCAAUCACAACAAUUGUAGUCCUAAUAGGCAAGGUAUAACCUCCAAUAAUAUCAAAAGUUCUACAACUGAAACAACAGUACAAAAAUCUUCUCUACUAAAUCCAAUGGAUUCGAUGAAAAUUACCAAACUUGAUGAUGAACUCGACGAAAAUCAUAAUAAAAGUAAAAGAUACGAAGAUAAAUCAUUCUUGACAGCAGCAAUAGCGGAUGAUAAUGGAACAAAGACAGCGCCCUUUACUGGUCUGAGUCACACUUCGAUAUUCGAAGAUGAUAGCGAAAUUAUUAAACAGAAUAAUAAAUCAGGCUCAGCGAAUUCUCUAUUAAAGUUAAGAGAAAAGCUUAAAAGACCAGAAAGGAACGAUGGUAACUCGGCUAAAUUACAGCAAACUGAAAAAUACAGAGAGCCACUAAAAGCUAUGCUUCUCCAAAAUAAAGCAAAAAAUUCAAGCGAUAAUAGAAGUAUAUCGUCCUAUUAUAGCACCGACGAAGAGAGUAAAUACCAAACAAAUCUAAGAAGAAAUAAAAGUUUAGAAAACUUUGCUAAAUGCUUAAUGGAAGUUGAAGAGAGACUUUUGAAACAAUUGGUAAGCAUGUCCAAUGGUCAUAGUGCGCUGGAUAAUACUGUAAACUACUCGAAUGAUAAGAUUAAAGAAGCAAGAGAAGAAUUGGAGCGUAUGAAGAAAGAAUUUGGCUUUUGUGAACCUGAUAGGGGAGAUUUAGAUGAUGAAACAAUUGUGUGGAGAACUAUGAAGCCGGAUUAUACAUUAGCAAAUCUUCUGUAUUUCAAAGGCAAAACUCAAAAUCAUAAGGAGAAUUCAUUGGAGCUCAUUGUUGAAAAUGCAGUAAAACUUUGGGAAAUGGAAGCAUCCCAUAAGGUCGAUAUCAAUCAAUGGACAUCAAUUAAUACUGAAAAGUAUACUGUUCAAGCUAAUGGCGGAAAAGUGUACGAUAAAUUUGAAAGUUCAGAAAUGGGAAAUUAUAAUUGGUUAAUGAGAGACGUAGAGAAGCGUCUAUAUGAUUCUAACCAAACGUUUGAGAGUUCUCAUAAUCUCUUCCGAUCUGCUUUUCCUGAUGGUUUUGCUUGGGAAGUCUUGGAAGUUUACACAGGACCGCCAAAAAUAGCAUUUUCUUGGCGUCAUUGGGCAAAUUUUGUUGGAGAGUUCGAAGGUAAACAAGGAAAUGGAGAGCUGCUCGAAAUGUUUGGAUUUUCCAUAAUUGAAGUUCAAGAAGAUUUAAAAAUUUUGAAGAUUGAAGUGUAUUUCAAACCUGAAUUGUUUCUUAAAGCUCUACGGGGAGACAUAAAGCCUGCAGAUGUGAAAAACUCAUUUUCAGGAUGUCCUUUUCAACAAAAAAUCAAUUAA